AUGUGCAUUUUCGCGCACGCGGUGUGGUCUACGCUUGCGGCCUUCGUCUUUUGCAAGGUCUUUUCCAACCUACAGGAUGGCUAUGCGCGCUUCUCUCGAAGGGCUUCAACCACGCGCGCUCAUUUCCUCCUGGUUCGUGCUCGUUGCUUGGCUUGCAUUCAGAAAGUUUUGUUUUCUAUAGGCUUGAGCACCCCCGCAGUCUUACACAACCACCUUGUUUUGCUUGGCUUCAUCUCUCCUGCAGGACCUGCUGAAGCUCUGCGGCGCGCGCGCUGUCGUGCGACUGCCUCCUUCCUCUUGCACCUGUGCCUUUACGCGCCGGCGCUCCUUGCCUUGGCCGUUGCAUUGAGUGCCUUCGCUGUGCUGUAUAUGGCGUGCUGCUUGCUGCGCUAUACGCUGGGGCGGCUACUCUACGGUGCUGACCAGGCGCAACAAUGCUGCGCGUCUGCCGCUCCGCCCCCGCUGACUAACGAAGGAUUCCUUUGCACUGAUGAAGACGCGGAUUAUUUCGUGGAGGUCUUGCCUUUUCGUCUGCUGCCCCUGCCCCUUGGCUCCAACACGGGACAGCUAUCAUUGGUGUUCCUGCUCACCGAUCCAGCAUUCGAAGGUCAUUUACUGCGAGCUCUCCAUGGACUUUCUUCUGUUCCUGCAUUUUCUUUCGUGCUGCUGCUGUCUCAUUCUGCACGGUCCAAUUGGAACUUGCUUUGCAGCCUGGAAGCAACUUUGGUCGGGGACGCCUCGAGUUUGUGCGCUGCCAUUGUGCCCGUGCUUCGGCCAAUCCUGCCUGAACAGCUGCGAAUCUUGAGCCUGACCACGGGCCAUGCCUAUAUACCAUUCGCCCUCGAAGCACCUGCCCCGGAUCAACCCUUGCCCGCCAUAUGCCAGGAUGCGUGUGGGGCUUGGAGCUGUGGUUUCCUCACCCCCUACAUCAUGGAACCUGCCCCUUCGGAGCCAAUGGCACUUUGCGAGGCUACUUUGGAUGCUGCUGCAGAGGCUGCGACUUCUGAGCCAAGUGCUACCCGCAACAAUGUUCCGGCCAUCGCUCCGACACCGGCUACUUCUGAGCAACGUGCCUGUGGCAACCUUCUGAACUGUUCUGCAGAACCGGAUCUUUCUGACCCAAGUGACACUCACAACCCUCUGGACACAGCUGCAGAAACAGCCACUUCUGAGCAAAGUGCGCUGGACAGCAUUGAGGAUAUUGUCGCGCAGAGCUUCCAACAUGAUGCGAAUUCCUUUCUUGGAGCUCUCGGCUGCUUGGCCCCUUUUUCCUUCGAGGUGAUGCUUGCUGCUUUGAAUGAGUCGCGAUCCAUUGAUUGCCCUUCACUGACAUGGGCCCAGGUGUCGGCUCUAGUUUCCUGUCUCGUUGCGGCCCUCCCUCAGGGCAUCAUCAUCCGCAACCUCGACCCCGCGAUCACUUGGUGGGUUGCGGGUGGUGGCUACCAUCGACACGUUGCAUUCUGGGAUGUAUCUCCGUACCUCUUCUUGGAGCGAGAUCCAGAAGGACGCUACCGCCCAUUGAUGCACUUGCCACUUUCCAUGCAUCCCGACAUGUCACUUGAGCUCCAACUUUCCACGUGUUGGAUUGCAACUUGCGAACCACCCCUUCGGGCAACGGUGCCUGGCAAUUGCUUCUUUGCAGCGCUCGGCUAUGAUCGCAAUGUCCUUCUCACGCUUGCGCUGCAAGCUGCGUACGCGCUGCCACUGCGCACGAGGGCCCGCAUCGUGCAACGUCUUCUGACCUUGCUGGUGCCUGGUACUUGGGUCAAUGCUUUGGAUGCUCAGAUCUUCGUCAACCUCCUGCCAGCUUGGUUCCCCAAUGGCCUGUUCAUCUUCAGUGCUGAAGGUCUGCUGCUGCAUUUUCGGUCUUCUCAAGCACCAGAGAGCCUGCUCCCCGAGGACCGGUCGCUUCUGUCCCCGUUGUUUUGA